CUAUGGCAUCCGCGGCAACAGAGGCGGAGAAGGGGUCUCCGGCCGUGGUGGGCCUGCUGGUGGUGGGCAACAUCAUUAUUCUGCUGUCGGGCCUGGCCCUGUUUGCCGAGACGGUGUGGGUGACAGCUGACCAGUACCGCGUGUACCCACUGAUGGGCGUCUCAGGCAAGGAUGAUGUCUUCGCCGGCGCCUGGAUCGCCAUCUUCUGCGGCUUCUCCUUCUUCGUGGUGGCCAGCUUUGGGGUGGGUGCAGCGCUCUGCCGCCGCCGGUCCAUGAUCCUCACGUACCUGGUGCUCAUGCUCAUUGUCUACAUCUUCGAGUGCGCCUCCUGCAUCACGUCCUACACUCACCAUGACUAUAUGGUGUCCAACCCAUCCCUGAUUACCAAGCAGAUGCUGACCUUCUACAGUGUAGACACCGACCAGGGCCAGGAACUGACUCGUCUCUGGGACCGUGUCAUGAUUGAGCAAGAGUGCUGUGGCACAUCCGGUCCCAUGGACUGGGUGAACUUCACAUCAGCCUUCCGGGCGGCCACCCCGGAGGUGGUGUUCCCCUGGCCCCCACUGUGCUGUCGGCGGACUGGCAACUUUAUCCCCCUCAAUGAAGAAGGCUGCCGCCUGGGCCACACGGACUACCUGUUCACCAAGGGCUGCUUUGAGCACAUCGGCCAUGCCAUCGACAGCUACACAUGGGGGAUUUCGUGGUUUGGUUUUGCCAUCCUGAUGUGGACGCUGCCUGUGAUGCUCAUAGCCAUGUAUUUCUACACCACAUUGUGAGGAGCAAGAAGGGAAAAUCACGUGCACGUGCAGCCUCCUCCCGUUCCUGUUUCCUCUGGCUGAGGGCUUGAUGGCUGCCUCACCUCCCCCUUCCAACCUCUCUCAACCUUCC